CUCUUGUUGGACACUCCUGCCUGAGUUUCUCUUAGGCAAGUCAGUGUUUUCCUAUGUCAUCUGAUGCUCACAGAGGGCUUCGAAAACACACUCUGUAUUUGGGGUUAUUGCUUUGAGCGAGUUCAACUUUUUCUCAGAUGUCAUUGACCUGUGCUUAGACUGGCCUUUGGGACAUUGACCCUUAAACAAAUAGAUAACAUUAAAAAAAAAGUGUGAAUUCUGUUUAGUGCUUCAGAAUGAGGAAAACGGAGGUUGGAAAAAGUUGGAAAGUCCUUUAAUUCUCCAUCGUGGAGUCCUUUGCUUCUUCUGGUCUCCUUCAGUUCUUAUUCACAGAUGUGUUGACUGCAGAUGGCAAGUACCAUGUCUGAAUCAGUGAUUCUUCGUAGUGUGAAGAAAUUUGGUGAAGAGAAUCAUGGUUUUGAGUCAGAUGGCUCAUGUGAGUUUUUUUUCUCCACUGUCUCUUAUACAAAGAUAGAUAAGAAUGAUAAAAAUUCAAAGCUGCAAGAUGAAAAGGAAGGUGGCAGCAGUCAAGUUGGCUUCUUCCAACUGUUUCGUUUUUCUUCAUCGACUGACAUUUGGCUGAUGUUUAUGGGAAGUUUAUGUGCAUUUCUCCAUGGAUUAGCCCAUCCAGGAAUGCUGUUAGUUUUUGGCACAAUGACAGAUGUUUUUAUUGACUACGACACUGAAUUACAAGAACUCAUGAUCCCUGGAAAAGUUUGUGUGAAUAACACAAUAAUGUGGGCCAACAGUUCUCUCAACCAGAAUGUGACAAAUGGAACACGCUGUGGGCUGCUGGAUAUUGAAAAUGAAAUGAUCAAAUUUGCCAGUUACUAUGCUGCUGUUGCUGCUGGAGUACUUGUGACAGGAUAUAUGCAAAUAUGUUUCUGGGUAAUUGCAGCUGCUCGGCAGAUACAGAAAAUGAGAAAAGUUUAUUUUAGGAAAGUAAUGAGGAUGGAAAUAGGAUGGUUUGACUGCAAUUCAGUAGGAGAGUUGAAUACAAGGUUUUCUGAUGAUAUUAACAAAGUCAAUGAUGCCAUUGCUGACCAAAUGGCUGUUUUCAUUCAGCGCAUGACAACCAGCCUCUGUGGGUUCCUGCUGGGAUUUUUCCAGGGGUGGAAGCUGACGUUGGUCAUCAUCUCUGUCAGCCCUCUCAUUGGGGUUGGAGCAGCCAUCAUUGGUCUGAGUGUGUCCAAGUUUACUGACCUUGAAUUGAAAGCCUAUGCCAAAGCGGGGUCAGUGGCUGAUGAAGUCAUUUCAGCUAUGCGAACAGUGGCUGCUUUUGGUGGUGAGAAAAAGGAAGUUGAAAGAUAUGAGAAAAAUCUUGUGUUUGCCCAACGCUGGGGAAUAAGAAAAGGAAUAGUGAUGGGAUUCUUUACUGGAUUUAUGUGGUGCCUCAUCUUCUUAUGUUAUGCACUGGCUUUCUGGUAUGGCUCCAAACUUGUCCUGGAUACUGGAGAAUAUACAGCAGGAACUCUUGUCCAGAUUUUCCUCAGUAUCAUAGUCGGAGCUUUAAAUCUCGGCAACGCAUCUUCUUGCUUGGAAGCUUUUGCAACUGGGCGUGCAGCAGCCUUCAGUAUUUUUGAAACAAUAGACCGGAAACCCAUCAUUGACUGCAUGUCCGAAGAUGGUUACAAGUUGGAUCAUAUUAAGGGUGAAAUUGAAUUCCAUAAUGUGAGCUUCCACUACCCUUCUAGACCAGAUGUGAAGAUUUUGGACAAUCUCAACAUGGCAGUGAAAUCGGGGGAAAUGACUGCAGUGGUGGGAUCCAGUGGAUCGGGGAAGAGCACUUCGCUGCAGCUCAUUCAGCGGUUCUAUGACCCCAGUCAAGGCAUGGUGACUUUGGAUGGCCACGACAUUCGUUCUCUUAACAUUCAGUGGCUUAGAGCUCAGAUUGGGAUAGUGGAGCAAGAGCCAGUUCUGUUCUCCACUACCAUUGCAGAAAAUAUUCGCUAUGGAAGAGAAGAUGCAACAAUGGACGACAUAGUUGGAGCUGCCAAGGCCGCCAAUGCCUAUAACUUCAUCAUGAAUCUGCCUCAGAAAUUUGACACUCUUGUUGGAGAAGGAGGAGGCCAUAUGAGUGGUGGCCAGAAACAAAGAAUAGCCAUUGCUAGAGCUCUUGUCCGAAAACCCAAGAUCCUGCUUUUGGACAUGGCCACGUCAGCGCUGGACAAUGAGAGUGAAGCCAUGGUGCAAGAGGCCCUGAGUCAGAUUCAACACGGGCAUACAAUCAUUUCAGUUGCUCAUCGCCUCUCCACGGUCAGAUCGGCUGAUGUCAUUAUUGGUUUUGAACAUGGCACCGCAGUGGAGAGAGGUACCCAUGAAGAAUUGCUGGAGAGGAAAGGAGUCUACUUUACUCUAGUGACUUUGCAAAGCCAAGGCGACCCAGCUCUCACUGAAGAGGAAGGAAAGGAAGAUGACAGUUCAGAAGAUGUCAUAUCUAAGAAGAGACAGAGCUUUCAAAGAGGGAGCUACCGGGAUAGUUUAAGAGCUUCAAUCCGGCAACGCUCCAGGUCUCAGCUUUCUUACCUGGGGCAUGAACCUCCACUAGCUGUCCUAGAUCAUAAGUCUACCUAUGAAGAAGACAGAAAGGAUGAGAACUUUCCUGAGGAAGAAGAAAUCGAACCUGCCCCAAUUAGGAGGAUUCUCAAGUUCAAUGCUCCAGAAUGGCCCUACAUGCUGGUAGGGACUGUGGGUGCAGCUGUCAACGGGACAGUCACACCCUUUUAUGCCUUUCUAUUCAGCCAAAUUCUUGGGACUUUUUCACUUCCUGAUAAAGAAGAACAAAGGUCAGAGAUCAAUGGUGUGUGCCUUCUCUUCGUAGCUUUGGGUAUUACAUCUAUUUGCACUCAAUUUCUGCAGGGAUAUGCUUUUGCUAAAUCUGGAGAACUCCUCACCAAAAGGCUACGUAAAUUUGGUUUCAGAGCCAUUUUAGGGCAAAAUAUUGGCUGGUUUGAUGACAUCAGAAAUAGCCCUGGAGCAUUGACAACAAGGCUUGCAACAGAUGCUUCCCAAGUUCAAGGGGCUGCUGGCUCCCAGAUUGGCAUGAUUGUCAAUUCCUUUACUAAUAUCACAGUGGCCAUGAUCAUUGCCUUCUACUUUAGCUGGAAGCUCAGCCUGGUCAUAAUGUGCUUCUUCCCCUUCUUGGCUUUAUCGGGAGCUUUGCAGACCAGAAUGCUGACCGGUUUUGCCUCUCAGGAUAGGGAGGCUCUGGAGGUAGCAGGCCAGAUCACAAGUGAAGCUCUCAGCAAUAUCCGCACUGUGGCUGGAAUCGGAAAGGAGAGGCAGUUUAUUGAAGCAUUUGAAGCUGAGAUGGAGAAGCCCUUCAGGACAGACAUUCGAAAAGCCAAUAUUUAUGGAUUCUGCUUUGGUUUUUCCCAGUGCAUCAUGUUUGUUGCUAAUUCUGCUUCCUACAGAUACGGUGGUUAUUUAAUCCUCUAUGAGGGGCUUCACUACAGCUAUGUGUUCAGGGUGAUCUCUUCAGUUGUACUGAGUGCGACAGCUCUUGGAAGAGCCUCCUCUUAUACCCCAAGUUAUGCUAAAGCCAAAAUAUCAGCUGCACGUUUUUUUCAACUGCUAGACCGACAGCCCCCGAUCAAUUCAUAUAGCAGUGCCGGUGAAAAAUGGGACAACUUCCAGGGGAAGAUUGACUUUGUUGACUGUAAAUUUACAUAUCCUUCUCGACCCAACAUGCAAGUUCUGAAUGGUCUCUCGGUGUCUGUCAGCCCAGGGCAAACCCUGGCAUUUGUUGGAAGCAGUGGGUGUGGCAAAAGCACCAGUGUUCAGCUAUUGGAACGUUUCUAUGAUCCUGACCAAGGGAAGGUGAUCAUAGAUGGGCAUGAUAGUAAGAAAGUUAAUGUCCAGUUUCUCCGCUCACACAUUGGGAUUGUUUCCCAAGAACCAGUGUUGUUUGCCUGUAGCAUAGUGGAUAAUAUCAGGUAUGGAGACAACACCAAAGAAAUUCCCAUGGAAAGAGUCAUAGAAGCUGCAAAACAGGCUCAGCUGCAUGACUUUGUCAUGUCACUCCCGAAGAAAUAUGAAACAAAUGUCGGAGCUCAGGGGUCUCAGCUUUCCCGAGGGGAGAAGCAGCGCAUUGCUAUUGCCAGAGCCAUUGUACGGGAUCCUAAAAUUUUGCUAUUAGAUGAAGCUACUUCUGCCUUAGAUACAGAAAGUGAAAAGACGGUGCAGGUUGCCCUGGACAAAGCCAGAGAAGGUCGGACCUGCAUUGUCAUUGCCCAUCGUCUGUCCACCAUCCAGAACUCAGAUAUCAUUGCUGUCAUGUCACAGGGGGUAGUGAUUGAAAAGGGAACACAUGAAGAACUGAUGGCCCACAAAGGAGCCUACUACAAACUAGUCACCACAGGAGCCCCCAUCAGUUGACCUCACUCAGGAAGUUCACACACAGAUGGUGUACCAAUGACAGGAGUGUCGUGGGCUAUUAUUGUUUUAUCAUUAUUUUCUUUCUUCCUUCCUUUCUUUUUUUUUUAAUUUUUAAAAAUUGAUUUAAUAAUGAUUGAUAAGACUGUAAGACAAGAGGGGUACAAUUCCACACAGUUUCUACCACCAGAGUUCUGAGUCCCAUCCCUCCAUUGGAAGCUUCACUAUUCUUUAUCCCUCUGUGAGUAUGAACCCAGGAUCAUUAUGGGGUGCAGAAGGUGGAAGGUAUGGCUUCUGAAAUUGCUUCUCUGCUGGACAUGGACAUUAGCAGGUUGAUCCAUAACCCCAGCCUGUCUCUAUCUUUCCCUAGUGGAGCAAGGGUCUAGAGAGGUGAGGUUCCAGGGUACACUGGUGAGGUCAUCUAUCCAGGGAAGUCAGGUUGGUGUCAUGGUAGCAUCUUCAACUUGGUGGCAGUGAUUCUUGAAGUCAUUCUAGUCCUGUCUUGUUGUGAUCCCAGGUGAUCUCCUUUGGUGAUCUCUGCUGACUUGGGAGAGGAGAGGAAAGGAGAGGAACACAGCUGCUGCUGCUCCGUAGCCCCGCCUCUCUGGAAGUUUCCUAUUAUCUUCUUUAAGAAGAAAUGCUGAUAUUUUACUUUUAAAGAUGUUGUUAUAGGGGGCCAGGCAGUAGUGCACCUGGUUAAUCACAAGGUUAAGCACACUUACUACCAUGUGCAAGGACCCAUGUUUGAGCCCCACUCCCCAACUGCAAGAGGGAUGCUUCAUGAGUGGUGAAGCAGGUCUGUAGGUGUCUUCCUCCCUCACUCUUUGUCUCCCCCUCCUUUCAUUUAUCCCUGUCCUACCUAAUAAAAUAGAAGGAAAAAAGAAAAAGAUAGCCACUGGGAAUAGUGGAUUCAGCCCCAGUGAAAAUCCUGGCUAGAAAAAAAAAAAGGUAUUUUUAUGCAUUGGAACCCAAGCUAAUGUCUAAUGAACAUUAAUAAAAUUUAGGCUUUUUUUUUUCUUUUGCAAAUCACUCUCCUGGAGGACAAUAAUCAUUAAUAAGGCAGAUGUUUCUUGAGUACAGUUCCUUAUUUCCCUGUGUCAAAUGUCUGUGCACCAUUCCCGCCACCAGCCACGUUUUCCUCCGCCACUGUACACUGAGUUCCCAUGCUUUGUCACCUACCUGCUGCCAGCCAUCUUUAGGACUCUUGGCUCUGCUGCAGCAGACUACUAGUCUAAGUUUUACCCUAAAACUUACUCCCUUUUCUCCCUUUCUUUGUUUCUUAAAUUGUACCUGUGAAUGAUGUUAUACAGUAUUUAUCUGGCAGUUUAGUUUCUUGAAUGUUUAUAUAUAGAAAAC